AUGUGUGAGCAGUGCAAAGCAGUGCAGGCGGCGUCUGUGGGCUGCCUCUCACCCAUGGCCUGGAGCAUGUCGGCUGGGACAGUGAAAGCCAUCUUCAUGGACAGAGUGAGCCGCACGCGCGACUGUCAGCCGCUGCCGCUGUACGCCGAGGCGUGGCAGGAGGAGCGCGAGAUGAAGUACACCGGCAUGCGCCGCAGCGGUCGCAAGCGCAAGAUGAUGUACGACAACUUCAGCGACACGUGGAUCACAACGCAGAUCGCGCACUCGGGCCGGCAGCAGGAGGGCAUGGACAUGUACUCGCGCGUGAAGCGGACGCACCGGCCGGCGCAGCGGUUCGGCAUGCCGGCCGAGGAGCCGCCGCCGGCGCGCGUGCGCCGCUUCGUCUCGGCCGACUCGAGCAGCGGCGACCCGCGCACCGAGACCAAGGUCAUCAAGAAGUACUAUCUGCGCGAGAACCGGCGCGAGCCCGAGUUCUACCAGGACGAUUCGCUGCAGCUGCCGGCGUCGCCGCGGCGCGAGCUCCGUGACGAGCGGUACCCACACCGCUGGCGCCGGCGUCACCGGCGCCACAAGAACGCCGCCUUCAACGAGAGCACCACAGACAGCAGCAGCGGCCGCGACAGCGGGGAGGAGAACUUCGAGCGGCGCAAGGCGCGCAGCAUGCAGGGCUUCAGGAACAAGUGUCUGCCGCUCAACUUCACCAAAGCGGACGCCAGCCAGCGGGCCGUGGGCGAGAGACAGCGCGUGGGCACCAGCCUGGCCGACGUCGACCCCAUGGCCGUGGACAAGGACGUGAACUUCGACAUGAUCGGAGGUCUGAGGGACCACAUCCGGGACUUGAAGGAGAUGAUCCUGCUGCCGCUGCUGUACCCGGAGGUGUUCAGCAGCAAGAACAUCACGCCGCCCAAGGGCGUUCUCUUCUGUGGUCCCCCAGGCACGGGGAAGACGCUGAUGGCACGCGCUCUUUCCAACGAGUGCGGCCUCGGUGACCGCAAGGUGGCCUUCUUCAUGCGUAAGGGCGCCGACGUGCUAAGCAAGUGGGUAGGCGAGAGCGAGCGGCAGCUGCGCCUGCUCUUCGACCAGGCCUACCAGAUGCGGCCGUCCAUCAUCUUCUUCGACGAGGUAGACGGCCUGGCGCCGGUGCGUUCUUCCAAGCAGGACUACAUCCACGCGUCCAUCGUGUCCACGCUGCUGGCGCUGAUGGACGGCGUCGACUCGCGCGGCGAGGUGAUCGUGAUCGGCGCCACCAACCGACCGGACAGCAUCGACCCGGCGCUGCGCCGCCCUGGCCGCUUCGACCGCGAAUUCUACUUCCCGCUGCCGCCGCUAGAGACGGCCGGCUACUGCGGCGCCGACCUCAAGCAUCUGGUGACCGAGGCCGUGCUGCACGCGCUGCGCGAGCGCUACCCUCAGAUCUACCGCAGCAAGCAGCGCCUGCUGAUUGACGUCGAGUCAAUUCAGCAGGCCGAGCUGAGCCGGUGGGAGGCGUAUAUGCCGCGCCUGCUGCUGGCCGGCCGGCCGGGCCAGUGCCACUCGGAGUACCUGGCUCCCGCCCUGCUGCACGGCCUCGAGAACGUGCGCGUCUUCACAUUUAACGCCUUCGCGCUGCACGCCACCGGCGCCGACGCCGCGCGGGGCCAGGUGCAGAUCGUGGCCGACCCGGGGGUCGAGGAGCGGCGCAAACUCUUCACCCGGCUCUUCAUGAAGACUGCCAUUCUGCUGAAGAAGCGCAAGAGCAGGACAGAAGUGCUAGCAAUCAUCGGUGUUAGUCCCGAGUGCCCUGUGGCGGUGCCGCGCGUGCCAGCGUUCGAGCUCUUCCGUCAGCCGGUGGAGGAGGAGGACGCGCCGGACUACUACAGCAUCAUCGAGCGGCCCAUGGACCUGGAUACCAUCAUGACGCGGAUCGAUCAACACAAGUACGAGGCGGCCGAAGACUUCCUGGCGGACGUGGACCAGAUCUGCACGAACGCGCUCGAGUAUAACCCGGACACGACAGAGAUCGGCCGCGAGAUCCGACACCGCGCCUGCAUGCUGCGGGACCAGGUGACCGUGACAGCCCACAAGCUGAUUGCUGAGCAGCUGGACUCGGACUUCGAGGAGGAGUGCAAGCUGAUCCGACAGAGCCGGCGAGAGCGGGCCGAGUCCCCCACCAAGUUCGCGCCCAGCUACCUGGUGACGCCGCGGCUGUACCAGCAGCAGAACGGGGCGCCCCGAACAACAGAUUAA